AUGUUCCACGAACCUGUUCUUUUAUUGCAGAUUUCCAAGGAUGUUGUUUCAGGGGAGGGGUUGUCUCAGAGCAGCAGCUUGUAUCCCCAAGUUGCAGUCGGUAUGUGGAGAUCCGCCUUAGCUGUGGAGGAUGCAUGUAUCCACGCUUGCAGCUCACGCGCCCCUUACUCUCCACAACUCCAGCGUCUUUGGCGUAAUAGCAGCGCCCUUAUUGUCGAUGGGAGAUGCCGUUCGUUAUGCCCGAUGGAGUCGCAUCGGCACGAUCUUCGUACCAACUCAUCUGAUGCAUGUCGGCCAGACGGCCCCCUGAUAUUGCUAGGUAACAGUGGCUUGAAGCCGAGGAGUCGGUCCAACGGCUCAUCUGAUGCCCGCAUGAGAUCAUUCACAACAAGGCAGCGAUGCGCCACAUCUGGAUCUUGUGACGUUGUAAAAAGCAAAAAACGGACAUCAACGCCCAGGAAAGAAAAAGGGAGAACCCGAGAACGAGAGCGAAGAUGGUAG